AUGUCUUUGUUCACCGCUCAACCAACCGUCGACAUGCCGUCCGCUGAAAACGCACCACCCCCGCCGCCGUUCAUACCUCCGUUCGAAGAAUGCAAUGCUACCGUAAACGAGUGGGGAGUUUGGCCGGCCGAAUUCUUCGUCGCUGACCCGGCUCACGACCAAACCGCCACUUGCGCCGCCUCGGCCACCGAAAUCGAGUCGAGAGUUCGCUGUGGCAACACGCCGGUUAAUCGUAACUGCACCGCGCUUGUCCCCGACAGCAAGUGUGUUUUUAAGUGGGCCCAAGCCACCACCGCCACCGCUACUCUUUGCUCAUGCCAAUGCUGUCUUCUCGGAGCCGACCAAUGUGAAAUGGUGAGUGCCGUAAUCGUUCCUCUUCCUCCAUGCCAAACGGAAUGUCAAUUUCAAUCGGGUCUAGUUCCAUCGACGGCUCCGGGUCCUAUUUACUCGGAGACCAACUCCACCAGCAGCAUGAUCAUGGACACUGCGAGACCUCGGAUGUUGCCGCCGUGCAGUAUUUUGUCGAACUCUCCGACGUCGUUGUCUAAAGAGGAUUGUCUCUUCAACCCACAUCAUCAUCAUCAAUACUCCACUUCACCAAUCAAUCAGCCAUUCUAUGAUAACGCAUCGCCAUCCCUCUUCCAUUCCGAACAUUCCGAAUACUCCCCAGCAGGUGUCGUCUACUCACCCAACUCUGCAGCAUCCACGUCACCAUUCCCCACAUUCGAAGAUUCUGAGAUUCCCUUCCUCGACUCGCUCAUCGCCCAAGUCCGACAAGAAAUGUCCGUUGAUGAAGGGGAAGUCACCGUUCCAUCGCCAUCCACGUCUUCUGAUAUCUCAUCUGUCAGUCGGAAAUCAUCAUCAUCCACGUCGUCAUCUCUCCGUGACGUCUUCGUGCAGCCCGGACAGACACUUGUCAUCCGUGGUGAUGAUGGUCAAGAAUAUAAGGUUAUCGUCGAAAGAGUCGAGGAAUCUGCUCCAGUUUCAAUCAAGAGAAAGUCAUCAGAUGAUAGUUUGAUAGCCCCGAAACGAGCCCGUGCCGCGCCGGUUUCACUUGUCAAUUUGUCGGAUGAGGAGAUCGCCGAACGAAAAAAGCAACAAAACCGUGCGGCCGCUCUCCGAUACCGUCAAAAGCUCCGUGAAAGCCGUGUGCUCUCAGUCAGCGCCAAAGAGACGCUCAGCCAACGAAACGCCUAUCUCCGUGACGAGGCGGAACGUCUGACCAAGGAAUGCGACGUUCUUCGACGACUUAUCUUCGAUAAGCUCGGCAAGAACGUUUAA